UUUUGGAACACCCCUCACAGCCGACCUUUUCCAACACUGAACCACGUCGCCAUUGUCGUCACAGAAAUUUUCACACGCAACGCCGCAUACUGAAAAAAGUAGAUUUUGAUGUUUAACUCUUGUUUUCGGGCGUAGUAAACAGAUUCCUGCUUUGAAAACGAAUAAUAUUGCUUGAUAACAAAGUCGCAAUGAGUGAAACGCCGCCAGACUCACUUUUGGCGGCGGCGUCCCGAGAAGUCUCAGAAGUCUUGGCAGCGGUCGCAGCCAACGGCAGCGGAAGAAGCGGCGCUGAUAAAGAGCGCUCACGUUCCAAAGACCGCGGCAGAGACCGGGACAAGGACAAGGAUAAGGAUAAAGAGCGUGAUAGGAAAAGAAGGGACAGGGACAGCCGGGAUCGAGACAGUCGCCGCCGGGACGACCGCGACAGAGAUCGCGACCGAGACCGGGACCGUGAACGUGAUCGUGAGCGCGACAGGGAUCGAGACUCCCGCUCGAAUCGCAGUCGUUCUCGCAACCACGAUGACUACGAUCGGAGAAGAAAGCGGUCUCGCAGUAGGGACCGGGAUCGCAAGCGGGAUCGUGACUCACGGUCGAGAAGAAGCAGUUCGCGUGGUGGACGAGGCGAUGAUUAUGACCGGAAUCGGAGAAGACGUUCGCGGAGUCACAGCUACGACCGGCGCCGGAACGAUCGCGGCCAACGGGAUGAUCGAUCGUCGCAACGCAACAGUAGAGAGCGCACCCACGUGAAUCCCUUCGACACCUCGAACAGAAACUCGCUGAUGUCGGACCAGGAUCAGCCGAGAAUAUUGUCGCUGUUCGACCGACAGCCGCAAGGGCUUGAAACUAUUAGGGAAGAGUCGCGCGACUCUAGGUUCGAUCUGACGCAGACUAUUCAGGAGCUGAUGGGCAGUGCAGGCGGUAACAAGGGAUUCGCCUCCUUCUUCAACAACCAAAACAGCAAUGACUCGACUAGCAACGGUCCCUCGGAAAAUUCCAUGGAUAGCGCAGCGGAGCGAAAACGAAAGCGCAAAUCACGGUGGGGCGGCAGUGAAAACGACAAGACAUUCAUACCCGGGAUGCCCACCAUUCUGCCCUCCACGCUGGACCCCGCCCAGCAGGAGGCCUACUUAGUUCAAUUCCAAAUCGAAGAGAUCAGCCGUAAGCUGCGCACUGGCGACCUUGGCAUCACCCAGAAUCCGGAAGAAAGGUCGCCCUCGCCGGAGCCCAUUUAUAGUUCUGAUGGCAAGAGGUUGAACACCCGAGAAUUCCGAUACCGGAAACGUCUGGAGGAGCAGCGCCACCAGUUGAUCGUCAAAAUGCAGACCGUGAAUCCAGAGUUCAAGCCACCGGCUGAUUACAAGCCACCUGUUACUCGCGUCAGCGAUAAGGUGCUGAUACCGCAGGAACAGCAUCCGGAUAUUAACUUUGUGGGCCUGUUGAUCGGACCGCGAGGCAACACGCUCAAGGCUAUGGAGAAGGAUACGGGAGCCAAGAUUAUAAUUCGCGGAAAGGGAUCGGUGAAGGAGGGCAAAGUGGGGCGCAAGGAUGGCCAACCGUUGCCGGGCGAGGACGAGCCGCUUCAUGCGUUUAUAACUGCUCCCAAUCCGGAGGCGGUACGCAAGGCGGUGGAAAAGAUCAAGGAUGUCAUAAGGCAAGGUAUCGAAGUGCCCGAGGGUCACAACGACCUGCGUCGGAUGCAGCUGCGUGAGCUGGCCCAGCUAAAUGGAACGCUGCGCGAGAACGACAUCCAGCGCUGCACGUGCGGCUCCACAGAUCACAAAUCCUGGCAGUGUCCCGACAAGCCUAUAAUCACCAACACCAUCGUGUGCACCUCGUGCGGUGGAACGGGUCACUUGACCAAGGAUUGUCGAAAUAAGCGUCCUGGUUCAGGCACGCCGGGUAUGGCUUGCGAGGAUUCACAGGCCAAGAUCGACGAGGAGUACAUGAGCCUGAUGGCCGAGCUCGGAGAAGGUCCACCACCGGCAGCGGCGGCCAAGCCAGAACCUACUGCCAAUAGUGGGCCGCAGCUGCAUCGGGCCAGCUACAGCAUUUUCGAUAAGAAGCCCACGCAGAUGCAGGCCAUCCAGUCGCCACCGAGCUCCUCGUCGCGAGAUCACCAGCGCGACCUGGGCGGAUGGGGAGCGGCGGCGCAUGAGCACGGCCUUGGCAUAGAGCACGGUAUGGGUAUGGAUCACGGAAUGGGUGCACUGGGUCUUGAGCAUAUUUCGGCGUAUGUAACGGCACCUCCACCAGUAGCCCAAGCUCCGCCGCCGAUGCCGCCACCACUAAUGCCGUGGAUGAGCGCCCCACAGCCGCCGCCACCGGCGACGGAGCCAUUAAAUCCACCCAUACCGGGCACUCUGCCUCCGCCCCCGCUCAUCCCGCCGCCGCCGGGCACCAGUACCACGCCCAUGCCGCCGUGGGGCGGUGGCGGCUUUAGUGGCUGGGGCGGUGGCUAUGCGCCGCCUCCACCUCCGCCCUGCGGCCCGCCCCCACCAGCCUUGAGCCUGUCGCAGCCGCCUCCACCGCCGCCCCCCUCCAACUAGAAUUAGGUACAAUUGACCGAAACAGAUUUUUUGCUUCACUGCAUUAGACUGCGACCCUUGCUAUCAUUUAUAACUUAACCUACUACACUUACGCUUUUGAUGAACCGGUAAUAGUGGAAACCGUACAAAACUGAUUUGUAUUCAAAAAUGCUUGAAAUAGAGGACACAAAUAAAUAAUUCUUUACUUUA